AUGCUUGAAGCUGUCCUUGGGGAUAUCUCUUCGACAAUGCCUCCUGUCAAGGGCUGCAUACAGGCCACAAUGGUUCUUCGGGAUGCUAUGUUCGAAUCAAUGAGGCACUCUCAAUGGGUGAAAGCUACCGCUCCUAAGAUUUCUGGCACCUGGAAUCUUCAUCAACUACUCCCUUCCGGUUUGGAUUUCUUUAUCAUGAUUUCCUCCAUCUCGAGUGUCAUGGGCAAUCGAGGCCAAGCAAACUAUGCCGCAGCCAACAGCUUCAUGGACUCGCUCGCGCAUUACCGAACGGCCCGAGGGGAGCGUGGAACAUCACUCAACAUGGGCGUGUUUCUCUCGGCCGGUGCCGUUGCCGAGUCAUCCUCUUUAAGAGAGGAUUUUGCAUCCAAGCUCCCCUUUGUUCCCGUGACCGAGUCGGAGCUGCAUGCUCUACUUUCCAUAUACUGUGAUCCAUCGACUGGUAGGCCGGUUAAAGGAGAUUGUCAAGUCAUACUUGGGUUGACGACUUGUCAGGAAAUGUAUAAGCGCAACCCCGAUGCAGCAUACUGGCUUCAGAAGCCUGCCUUCCGGCAGAUCUUGGCCACUGACCACACCGGGCAAGGGAGUGACCAAUCUCAGCAUGGUUCUAGUGGAGUUGGGGGUAGUCUCUCAUCCGCUGAUUCGGUGGAAGCAACGGGGGUGGUGGUCAUGGAUUUGCUAUCAACUAAGCUCUCAAGCGCCCUAGGCAUCAAGAAAGAUGAUAUUUCAGGCAAGCAACCAAUGCAUAGCUAUGGGAUUGAUUCUCUUGUUGCAGUGGAGCUUCGGAAUUGGUUUUCAAAGGAACUCAACGUGGACAUUGCAGUCUUUGACAUGCUUGGAGGGGCCACAAUUGCAGCUGUUGUUGACCUGGCGGCAGGACGGAUCUUCGCUAAGCGCACAGGCUAG